AUGUUGCCCUCAUCGGUGCGGCGCGUGGUCGCCUCGGCGCCGCAGUCUCCUAUCGUCUCCUCCCUCACCACCUCCGCUCCGAGAGCGGCUACGGCGACCAUCACCCUUCACCCGAGACCUGGCGGCCACCAGAGACGAUGGUCCUCCUCAAGCCCGUCCAGUCCCAACAACAACGGCUCCAAGGACAUACCAGGCCAGGGCCAGUCCGUUCACGCCUCGUCAUCGUCUAACUCUAGCAAGUUGACCGGCGAGAAGCGGAAACGGAAGAGCAAGGAUGGCGUCGAGAAGGAGGCCGCGCAGAAGCUUCCCAGCGUGCCCAGCACACAACACCUGUCUCAAGAGGCUCUGGGGUUGUCGACCUUUUUCUCGCUCCAUCGGCCGAUCUCUGUGACCCACAGCAUGCCAAAGUCUGUGACCGAAGAAGCCUUCGCCGCCAUCUUCAAGCCCCGGACCAAGGCGAACAAGGUCACCGACGUCAUCUCAACACUAUCGAGGACGACCGACGAUCUUGAGGGCGCCAUGGCUAAGAUGACCAUGGCCAGCCAGGAGUUGGAUGCAUCAGGCGAGCCCGUUCAGAAGAUCGACCUCAAGCACCCCGACGGCAGCGAGUCAAGCGUCUACGUCCAGCUCAACGCCAUGGCCGGACAGUUCAUUCCCUUCCGCCCCCCUCCCGCGCCCGAAGCCAUGGGCGUCGCCGAUGCUCACGCCGAGUCCGCCAUCGAGGAUGUCCUUGACGAGGCUCCCCACCACCGCGUCUACAAGGCCAUGUUCACCAUUGAGGAGACGACCGACGCCGACGGCCAGGUUCAGGUUCUCGCCCACAGCCCUAAGAUCAUGCAGGACGAGCCCCCCCGUUCGUUCCUCGAGCGCAUGGCCCUGCGCCAGAUGAGGUUUGACGAAGCGCAAGGCCACGACACCAUGCAAGCGAUCAGCGUCAAGCGCCAACGCAAGUUGAAGAUGAAGAAGGCGAAGUACAAGAAGCUGAUGAAGCGCACGCGCAACCUGCGCCGCAAGCUGGACAGACUUUAA